AUGUUGUAUUUCUCUCUAGUUCCUGGUCGUGCUCCUAGCGAUAUAACCUUCUCUGAAGUAACAGCAACGCAGUUCAAAGUUACUUGGAAAACUCUUCCUCAGAGGUUUCACAAUGGCCGAUUGUUGGGCUAUAGAGUGUACUUCAGAAGGAGCGCCUAUUAUCUAAAUCCAUUUAAUACAAGCGGUGUAGUCACCACCAGUCCUAAUGUGACUUGGGUAUUGAUAACAGGGCUAGGACCGGUUCAGCGAUAUGAUGUUUCUGUGGCGGCGUUUACAUCCAAGGGCGAAGGGCCGCGACCUUCUCGUUACUAUGUUACAACAGGUAACACUGGACGAAAAAAUGGAUUUACUAGGGUAGCCAAAUUACAGUAAAUGUGUAGCAAAUACCACAUUUGCACAAUUUUGCGCAAGAGCAAAGACUGAUAUUGCACUAGAUUUGCUAUCCGUAGCAAUGACGGUAAAUGCCACAUUUGCACAACAUUUAAAUCUUGGUGCAAAGAUAAUGGGCAGCCAUGGAUUUGAGGGUCAUUUGCAGAUGGUUCAAAUGUGUAGGCAAAUAUGUUUCUUUGAACUAUAUUUGCACAUUAGGCAAAUGAUAGUGCAAAUCUGCUGUUUUGCACAGCUUUUGCUUUAGAUGUAAAAGCAUGUAAACCUGUUAUUUUCAGAACGUUUACGCAGCUUUGCAAAUGUGAGCGAAGUAUCUAAUUUGAACAAUGUUUGCUUGGGUUAUCAUGGGUGAUCAAAUUUUCAUAAUUGAACCAGAUUGCUUUGCAUGGCAAAUGUAACCAAACUCUUUGUAUUAAACAUGUUUGCUCACGAAGCAAAUGUUAGCAAACCUAAACUUUGAGCAAAUUUUCUAGGGUGUGCAAAUUUGAUCAAACACAAAAUUUUGCUUGUAGCGGCAAAUGUGGUCAAAAGUCAAGUUUUGAACAAAGUUGCUUGGGCAGCAAAUCUGAUCAAACUGUUAGUAGUGUGCAAUUUUUCGCUCAGGUAGCAAAGGUAAUCAAAUUCUAUCUUUAAUUUGGUUGACAAAUGUCAUCAAACCCAUAAAAUUGAGCAUGUUUUCUCCAGUAGCAAAUGUAAAUUCCAAGGUUUAAACGAGUUUGCUUGGGUUGUAGCAAAUGCGAUAAAAUUUUAAAAUAUUUUUUAAAUUAUAAUAUGGCUCACUUCAGUUUCUUAACAAGUGGCCAUAAUUAAUCAAACAUUAAAGUUACUGAAAGAAAUUCUAGCAGUGACCUCCCAUUAAUGUUCAAAUGAUUUAUUCCAUAAACCAAAGUGGCUUACACAUUAUUACAGACAUUACAAACUACAGUAUAAAGCUGUACAUACAGCUCUUCAUAUUAAUUCCCAAUUUUACUGUUCGUUGAUGUUUACUUGUCUCCACUCUAUGCUCUAUCAGAUCAUUACUAACUAUUAAUAUUAUAAGAAAUGUGUUCUUCAUCUAAAUGUGUAAGAUAUUCUACAUACAGCUGUAGGUGUUUCAGAGUUGCCUCAAACCUAUUUCAGUUCUUUAGGUUUUUGCAACUCAGAAACAGGUUAAAAAUCCUUUCACCCUUGGACCAAUAUUUACUUGUGACAAGACUAUUUCUUACUUAAACUUUUGUAUCAACUAAAUGGAACCCUCAAGACACCCAUUUUAAUAAAUAAUUAGUAUUUUUGUAUUUAUUGCUAUUUACAGAUUAAACAAAAUUUGAUUCUGGUGGCAUUUUUUCCUUUAGGCUCUAUUAGCAUGAAAGGCCUAAUUCUUGCUACCAAUUUACAAUUUUUGCUGGUAUAACAACUGUGUUAUAGCAUUUAGCAAACUAAGAAAUAGUUUAGGUACAUAUAGCUAUUCAAAUUCAGAUCAGACUUCUUUAACUUCAUUUUCGUUGCUAAUGGUUCCUGUAUAGUAUUGGAUAUGCUCUUAGAGGAAGUACCAGCCGGAGCUUCUAGUACUUGCCCUGUUCUAAGAAAAUUGAGGGUCAUGAAAGUAAUGACCAGCUAUAAGUAUUCCACAGCAUGUCAACAUUACCAUUGUCACUGUAGUUGGUCCCAAUGAAAGAAGCUAAUAAUUAUUUUAAACUCAGUAUACAUGUACAUGUAGUACAAAAGGUUGAUCUGGCUAGCCUGCAAAAUAACUACACUGCUGUCUCUCAUUACUCUUUUUUUCUUGAGUCAUGUUGCAAUCCUUUGCAAAAUUCUGUAAUAAAUCAUGACAAAAAGCAGGGUGUACCUAAAUUUGUUUUGUUUUUUUUGUUCAAGCAGGUCAGUUGCAAUUGCUGUAAUCGGUACAAAUGUACCGUGAAGUGGUGCCAGCAGAACUCAAAUGCCUGCAGUUAAGCAAACAGAUUUAAAAAGAAACAUGUGUACAUUUAUUUAAUAAAUUGGCCUUUUUAACCUGCUGACUGGUACAUUACUUGCAAACAAUAGCCAAAGGAUUCUAAUGAAAAAUUUAUCACAUCAACCAAUUUGAUCUACCUGCCACCAGAAUUCUCAGGACAAAUCAACACCAUCAGGAUUUGUACUGUUUACACAGAUUUAUCUUUUUUCUAAAAAACAGUGUCAUAAACAGAGAGUGAUUAAAGGAUUACUGUAUUUGCAGAGCUACAUGUACAUGUACCUGUAAGUAUGACCAGUCAUAAAUAAUCUGGAAUUUCUUUAAGAGCCUUGGAUUAACUUAUAUUUCCUUAUCACAAAGCAAAUUCAGGAGCAUUAUCUGGUGCCUCCUGCUCUGAGGAGAAGCCAUUCAUCCUUACUAUCGUCAUUGAGUAAUGACAAGCUUACAUGUGACUGUUUUAAUUUUGCUUUACUGUUCAGCUUGGCAAAGAGGUUUUACAGGCUAAGUUGUUGACUCCUCCAUGCUAGAGGCCUCCUGCAAAGCACUUUUCUCGGAUUUGUCAUCUCCUUGGUCUGUAUUGCCUUGCUCUGAAGACAUGUACUCCACAAUUAUACAAGCUUUGAACUUACAACAAUCCUUCUUCGAAAUAGAGGUUGACUGGAAAAGGGUUGUCUCUUCAGCUUUUUCUGCAACAAACAGAAAUUAUACAUAAUUGAGACCAUUAAUAUUGAAACUAAAGCUGUAGAUGCUUGUCAUGAAACAUACUAUUGUCCUUUUCGGUCUAAAUAUUCUAGCCUUUUAUAGCAAAAAAGGUUGCUAUUAGAUAUUAUAUGUAUUAUUACUGGCUCCGUCACACUAGGUGACUAAACUUACUUAUUUCCUGAGUUAACUGAUAUCAAAAUGAACUAGUUUAAACAAAUUGCUGGCUCGUAACUUUCAUGUCUCAGAUCUAACCCCAAGCGGUCAUCAUAAUCCUGAUUACACUGUACCUGUUAAAACUAAGACCUUCUUUGAGCAAAAACAAAACGAAAAAAUGAAUGCGAGAAACCCUUUUGUAACAAGACAAUUGACUCCAGGUAAAUCAUUGUAUUAAUUUUAUAGUGAGUGUCCCACUACAUCACUACCAUAACAACAUUAUUGACAUAUCACUUAAAACUUCAUGAACCUGCUUCUUCUGCAAUAUUGCCAUCACUUACAGUGUAUCUUGGGAACAAAAGUUUAAUUAUCAGUAUUUAUUCGAUUAACCGCCCUGGCCCCUCUUUAAAUUUUUGGGCCUUGAUAGUGGGCGCUUAUUCGAGGUGGGUGCUUAUUCGAGGCUGGGCGCUUAUUAAAUUUUCGCCAUUCUCAGCAAGUGUAGUAUGUUUAUUUUUUGCUACAAAAUAAUAAAUGGUAAUAACAAAAAGCGAAGAAGUAACAAAGCAAGGUUUCAGCCCAAUCUGUAAAAUACUCUGAAGAAAACUCCGUCUUGGGAGGGUCUCUUAUUAUGUCUUAUUUGAGUUUGUGUGGGAGGGAGGGGGUGGGGUGGGCGUUUAUUCGAGGCUGGGCGCUUAUUAACUUUUUCUGCCUUUGGGAUGGGCGCUUAUUCGAGGUGGGCGCUAAUUCGAGGUUGGGCGCUUAUUCAAUAAAUACGGUAUACUAUAAUUGCCUCAUAUGAGAGAAUCCAAGACAGUUUUAGAUUCUGGAUUCCACACUGCGGAUUCCGGAACCUUUUUCAGUGGAUUACUUGGUUUCUGGAUUCCAAUCGCUUGACUUGUAUUUCAGGUUUCAAAGCUCAGAAUUUAGGAUUCCAGAACAAAAUUGCCCGAAUUCUGGAUUCCAUAAGCAAAAUUUCCCGGAUUCCAGAAUCCCUUACAUGGGGUGAUCAUAAAAAACAAUCAGUGAAAGCAGGGUACCAUGAUCUAAAUUCUAGCUACACUAUGUCUUCAGCAACAUGGCAGUCACUGCCUUUACUCCCCUUUUAAAUUUUGGAAAAGCCUUUGGAGAAAGUAGGCACUUGAGGAUAAGGUUAAUUUUGGCCUAAUAGAGGGGAAUUAACGCUUGCUUCAAUUCUUAUUAAAUUUUCCAAGACCAUUUAUCUGAAGAGAACAACCAAACAAAAGAUUACAGUAUUUUUUACAACAACAGGACAAAUAAAGUUUCAGGAGUAGGGGUGGUCCUUGUUGAUUACUGAAUAUUGGAAUGCAAAUGUAGGUAUUACCAAAUAGCAUCAUUAGCGGCUUAACAGUAACAACGAACUUUCUUAUACUUACUGAGCAUUUCUUUUACUCCCGAUUAGUUGCUCCCUCAGCAUUUGUUUGUCCUCAACAUUUCUCCUGCCUCUUCUUAGUUUUACAAUGUCUGCUAAUUAAAACAGCAUCGAUUCACCGAAGUCUAUUUACUAAGUACUAACGGCUGCUUUUCUUGGAUCCACUCGUUACUACUUGAUCGUCGCCGAUGGAGCUAUCUAGAUGUCUUUCAUGGUGGAUUUUCGUCGAAGGAUCUAUAAGUAAGCAGUUCCCUCGAGUUCGAGCGAUUAUUUUUAUAAGUUCUUCGAGGACACAUUCGUUCGAUAAAUUCGAACAAAUAAGACUGGCCGAUUCCUCCAUACUCGACAGUCAACCCCACAAAGAAGGAAAAUUCGAAACCUCUUGAUAAAUAUGGCGUUAAACGUACGAAGUAAAAGCUGAUGGCAAAUCGAUGGCAGUGGAACGCGUUAACGGUCGACGAAUUUCAAUUGUUGUGCCUCGUUCUCGAACGGUUAUGCAGACUGUCGCUGACCAGCACCACUCAGGCGCAAAUGCUUGGGAAAUCGGGCGCGCGGUCUUUUGGCGAUUUGGCGGGAGGAAGAGAUUGCCUAUGUUGCUGGAUUUCUUCUCAAGGAUGUUCGAAAUUUAAAAGGUAAAGUCGAUGUAUUUUGCUUUGUAUAUCGUGCUUCUACUGCCACAUCUAUGUUAUAACCGGGAAUAAACUACAUUUGCAUCCAUAUUUACAUUUGUAGCAUGUAUGAGCACGCGUGUCGCGUGCGUCUAUGUGGUAGUGAUCCAGCUGAAAAAAGCCUUGUUGAAAAAUUUAAGUUGUGUUAAGUCAGUUAAAUAUGUAGUUAUGCAAUGUUAAAAUGCUAAUUUAUUGGUAUUUGGCAGAAGUAGCUCAAGAUUAAUUGCUUGAGUAAUUUAUACUACCUCUGGCGCUAUAUUGACAUAUUGAGCGUAAUACCUGUACUUGUACCAUUGAUUUUGACAGGGGUAGGGUGGAGCCUUUAUUUUAUAUACGUUCAGCGUGCAAAGAAAGUAGUGUCCGAUAGCCCGGGGCUAGCGGAUUUUGCUAUCGGGCUAGUAAAUUCUGUUCUUCACUUGCCCGACGGGCAAGUACAAUGCAGUUUGAGAAAUUCACCUUACAGAAGAACUGUUAAAUCAAAAAUUUUGUGGGUAGUUGAAAUGACGUUUGGGCUAGUAAAUGUUAGCUUCAGCUUGCCCGAAUGGCAAGCUGUAAAAAUGACUUUCUUUGCACCCUGUACGUUACUGUCAUUUUUUUCUGUUUUGUUUUGUCAUGUUUUCAUAUACAAGGUUGUUUUGUUUAUAAUAGUUUAUAAUGAUACAGCUGUACAUGUAAGCUGAGUCAAAAGGUCAAAAAUGCUAAAAUGUGCAUUUAUAAUGUUCAUAAAGAUAAUGGCAACACAAGUAACACAAUUCAUUUAAUUUCACAAUAUUAUCAAUAAAGGUAGAAUUAACAGUUAUUUUUAGUGGGUUUAGUGACUUUUUUGUGUAUUUGUUUCAGAUUUUUCCUUGAGUGGUACUGGAGUUAUUUCCAAUGUUCUUGAAAUUGAGUUGCAUCACCUGAACUCUCCAAAAGAUAAAGAGGUCAAUGAAAUACAGGUUCAAUAUGGGGAAGCUGUUUGUGGUCUGUGCAUGAAGAAAUGCUACAGGGUAUUCCAGUGGGUCUCAAUUUAUUUACAGUAAUCAUUUUUUCACUUCACAAGAUGACAGAAUUGAAGCUUAUAUAUUGAAUGCUGGCAUCCAUCAAUACCCCAUCUGUUUGGGGUAAAUGUCACAUAACAGAAACCUCACAUGUACUUCCUUGGGUUAUAGUUUUACCAUCUUUACAAUAUUAUUUUUCUUUUUCUUUGUGCGGUGCCCUGCUAAGGAAAUCCAUGUCCCUUUCACAGUGUUCUGCAGGAACAUAAUGUACUGAAAUUGUGUGAAGCUAUAGAACAUUUGCACUCAUACAGGUUUCCCCACAGAGAUAUAAAGAGUGACAACAUUAUUCUUACAGAGGUAAACAAUAUGUACCACCCAAUGCUCAUUGAUUUUGGAAAGGCUAUCUUGCUAUCGGAUGCCCCUUCAAAACAGCAGUCCAUGACUGCUCCUUAGCACUGACAUAUAGCUUAAGAAAUAUGCCUCAGAUAAUAUGUUUUAAAAAGACAAAUCAUAUUGAACUCAAAAUCAGGGUUGUAAAGAGCAGCAAAGAAAUUAUUCAUUCAUGUCUGUGCUGAGUUUCUAUUCACAAAUGAUAUGAAAUACAAAGCAAUUUCACCAUUUGUUGUAGUAUUGGCUGUUGGGCUUUCAAAAUGUGGCCAUUUUUAGGAGGCUUACCAUCAAGAUGUGGUCAUCUCUAGGUAUAGUCAGUGAAAACUAGAACAAAUAGCGGUAAGAACAAAAUUGUCAGUUUUGCUGUGAAUUUUCUUGAAUAAAUGGCCAUGAGGAAAUUGUGUACAAGUGAAUAAUCUCAACCCUGACUUUGAAAUGCACAGAACCUUUUUUUUUUUUUUACCAAAUUUAAGGUACUGUGGGUGGCCUUGUUAUUGUUAGCUUUUUAAUAAUAAUAUUAUGAUGUAGAAAAAAUACAGUAAAUGAUCUGACUACUGGACCUUUGUCCAGUAGAUUUGUUGUAGUGUAUUUACUUAAUGUAAAGGGAGGUAGUGUGGGCCCUCUGUAACUGUAUACAACAGUUACUGUGUCAUUUUGAAUUUUUAGUUUUAGUAAUUGGAGAUCCCUGCCCAUUGUGCGACCCUAGGCUUUACUAUUAUCAAAUGACAGAAGGGGAAUGUAACACAUGCCCAGGUUAUGUACCAAUAUUGACUCACUUCAAGUGGUUAUGUGAUUUAGAAUUGGACCCAAAAAAAGACCGGGGCCCAGUUGUUCCAAAGACCGAUUAGCACUAACCCAGUGCUAGAUUUUAACCUGCGUUUCUUUUUCCUUUUAAUCAAAAGCAUUUUGUCAGAUAAUUUUCCCUUUUUUUUAAGUAUCAAAUCACCAAAUUGUAGACAAAAGGAAUUCAAAUGAAUUUGUUUUUAAAACUGUCAUAUCUGAAUUCAUAUUUCGUACUAACCUUGGGUUAUCUUAACCCAGCUUUAAACAACCCAGCCUGGACGGAUAAUAAAUGCUGCAUGUUAAUUUGUUUCACCGCCUUAGUUUUUUCUUUAUAGCUUACAACUUUUCAUGAUCCAAGGCCAACUCAGAGCUCCUGUAACCCAGUAGGGGUCUGUUGAUUUUUAAGGGAGGGGGGCUUUGUUGGGUGGGAUUUGACCGGUAGCUCCUGUAUAUGAAGACCCUCUCUUCAUCAGAAUUUUUUUAGAAGCCACAACCCCGCUCCUUGUAUCCCAAAAUCAAAUAACCAGGAUUCAGGUGAAUUUUAGCCAGCAAAAAUGCUAUGGCUUUUUUGGAUUGAAUAGCUAGUACUUAAUGAACAGUGAGACUCAAACUCAGGGUUGCAAACAACAAAGUGAGAAAAAUUAGCCUUUCAUAAAUUUGUCAGCUGAGUUAAUGUUCAAAUAAAAUUGUGAGCAGAUUCACCAUAUUUUGUUGUAGUAUUGGCUGUUGGGUUUUCAAAAUGUGGUCAUUUUAGGAAGCCGCCAUCGAGAUGUGGUCAUCUCUAGGUGGGCAGUCAAAACUACGACAAAAACCGGUUAAACUAAAAUUGUUGGUUUUAAAUUGAAUUAAGUUUGUUGGUUAAAUGGCCAUGAGGAAAUUAUGUACAAGUGAAUAAUCACAACACUGAGUUUGAAAUCCACAAAACUUUUUAUUUCGGACCAAAUUUUAUUUUUUUAGUAUGAUGUACAAAAAUGCAGUAAAUGAUCUGACCACUGGACCCAACCUUGUGUUAUCUUAACCCAUCUUUGAGCAACCCAGUCCAGAAGUUUAAAGGCUGCAUGUUGAUUUGUUUCACUACCUUAGUUUUUUUUUCUUUAUAGCUCUAGACUUUUCAUGAUCCAAUGCCAAAUCAGAGCUCCUGUAAUCCAAUAAAGAUCUGUGCAUUGUUUAUUGUGCAGGGGGACUGUCAGGUAGGAUUUGACCUUUCGACCCGGUAGCUCCUGUAGAUCCUCCUUGUAUCCCAAGCAAAUAACCAGGCUUCAGGUGAAUUCUAGCCAGCAAAAAUGCUAUGACUUUUUGGAUUGAAUAGGUAUAAGUGCUUAAUGAACAGUAAAACUCAAAAUCAACAUUAAAAUCAGUGGAACUCAAACUCAGGGUUGCAAACAACAAAGUGAGAAAAAUUAGCCUUUCAUAAAUUUGUCAGCUGAGUUAAUGUUCAAAUAAAAUUGUGAGCAGUUUCACCAUAUUUUGUUGUAGUAUUGGCUGUUGGGUUUUCAAAAUGUGGUCAUUUUUAGGAAGCCGGCCAUUGAGAUGUGGUCAUCUCUAGGUGGGCAGUCAAAACUACAACAAAUACCGGUUAAACUAAAAUUGUUGGUUUUAAAUUGAAUUAAGUUUGUUGGUUAAAUGGCCAUGAGGAAAUUAUGUACAAGUGAAUAAUCACAACACUGAGUUUGAAAUCCACAAAACUUUUUAUUUCGGACCAAAUUUGAUUUUUUAGUAUGAUGUACAAAAAAUACAGUAAAUGAUCUGACUACUGGACCUAACCUUGUGUUAUCUUAACCCAUCUUUGAGCAAACCCAGUCCAGAAGGAUAAAUGCUGCAUGUUAAUUUGUUUCACUACCUUAGUUUUUUCUUUAUAUCUCUAGACUUUUCAUGAUCCAAUGCCAAAUCAGAGCUCCUGUAAUCCAAUAAAGAUCUGUGCAUUGUUUAUUGUGCAGGGGGACUGUCAGGUAGGAUUUGACCUUUCGACCGGUAGCUCCUGUAGAUCCUCCUUGUAUCCCAAGCAAAUAACCAGGCUUCAGGUGAAUUCUAGCCAGCAAAAAUGCUAUGACUUUUGGAUUGAAUAGGUAGUGCUUAAUGAACAGUAAAACUCAAAAUCAACAUUAAAAUCAGUGGAACUCAAACUCAGGGUUGCAAACAACAAAGUGAGAAAAAAUUAGCCUUUCAUAAAUUUGUCAGCUGAGUUAAUGUUCAAAUAAAAUUGUGAGCAGUUUCACCAUAUUUUGUUGUAGUAUUGGCUGUUGGGUUUUCAAAAUGUGGUCAUUUUUAGGAAGCCGGCCAUCGAGAUGUGGUCAUCUCUAGGUGGGCAGUCAAAACUACAACAAAUACCGGUUAAACUAAAAUUGUUGGUUUUAAAUUGAAUUAAGUUUGUUGGUUAAAUGGCCAUGAGGAAAUUAUGUACAAGUGAAUAAUCACAACACUGAGUUUGAAAUCCACAAAACUUUUUAUUUCGGACCAAAUUUGAUUUUUUAGUAUGAUGUACAAAAAAUACAGUAAAUGAUCUGACUACUGGACCUAACCUUGUGUUAUCUUAACCCAUCUGUGAGGAAACCCAGUCCAGAAGGAUAAAUGCUGCAUGUUAAUUUGUUUCACUACCUUAGUUUUUUCUUUAUAUCUCUAGACUUUUCAUGAUCCAAUGCCAAAUCAGAGCUCCUGUAAUCCAAUAAAGAUCUGUACAUUGUUUAUUGUGCAGGGGGGGGGGGGGACUGUCAGGUAGGAUUUGACCUUUCGACCGGUAGCUCCUGUAGAUCCUCCUUGUAUCCCAAGCAAAUAACCAGGCUUCAGAUGAAUUCUAGCCAGCAAAAAUGCUAUGACUUUUUGGAUUGAAUAGGUAGUGCUUAAUGAACAGUAAAACUCAAAAUCAACAUUAAAAUCAGUGGAACUCAAACUCAGGGUUGCAAACAACAAAGUGAGAAAAAUUAGCCUUUCAUAAAUUUGUCAGCUGAGUUAAUGUUCAAAUAAAAUUGUGAGCAGUUUCACCAUAUUUUGUUGUAGUAUUGGCUGUUGGGUUUUCAAAAUGUGGUCAUUUUUAGGAAGCCGGCCAUCGAGAUGUGGUCAUCUCUAGGUGGGCAGUCAAAACUACAACAAAUACUGGUUAAACUAAAAUUGUUGGUUUUAAAUUGAAUUAAGUUUGUUGGUUAAAUGGCCAUGAGGAAAUUAUGUACAGGUAAAUAAUCACAACACUGAGUUUGAAAUCCACAAAACUUUUUAUUUUGGACCAAAUUUGAUUUUUCAGUAUGAUGUACAAAAAAUGCAGUAAAUGAUCUGACCACUGGACCCAACCUUGUGUUAUCUUAACCCAUCUUUGAGCAACCCAGUCCAGAAGUUUAAAGGCUGCAUGUUAAUUUGUUUCACCACCUUAGUUUUUUCUUUAUAGCUCUAUACUUUUCAUGAUCUAAGGCUAACUCAGAGCUGCUGUGAUCCUGUAACCCAAUAAAGGUCUGUUCAUUGUUUAUGGGGCGGGGGGGAGGGGGUUUGUCGGGUAGAAUUUGACAAUUUGACUGGUAGCUCCUGUAGAUCCUCCUUGUAUCCCAAGUUCAAAUAACCAGGCUUCAGGUGAAUUUUAGCCAGCCGAAAUGCUAUGACUUUUUUGGAUUGAAUAGGUAGUACUUAAUGAACAGUAAAACUCAAAUCAGCAUUAAAAUCAGUGAAACUUAAACUCAGGGUUGCAAACAAUAGAGUAAGAAAAAUUAGCCUUUCAUAAAUUUGUCAGCUGAGUUAAUGUUCAAAUAAAAUUGUGAGCAGUUUCACCAUAUUUUGUUGUAGUAUUGGCUGUUGAGUUUUCAAAAUGUGGUCAUUUUUAGGAAGCCCACCAUCGAGAUGUAGUCAUCUCUAGGUGGUCAGUCAAAACUACAACAAAUAAGUCCCGUAUGAUAUAUGCCCCUAAUAUUCUAGAAUCAGUAUAAAUAUUGUCGGAAAUAUAGAAAGAACCCUGCAGUAUAAUUGUAUUAGCUAUUCAGGGUCUUUAUGAUGACUACGUUGAAACAAAACACUGCCAGUAUCAAACCUUAAAUGACAGAGGCAAGUGCCUCGGUUUGCCUCAUACUGGCUAUGGCCCUGACUGUAGGAAAUACAGUGCAUCAAUGAUCUGACUACUGGACCUUAAUAACGAGUGGAUUUGAAUUAGUGUAUUUGCUUUAAAUUAGUAGCCCGGGAAAGGUUUAUGCCAGGGGCGCUGUCAGAAAGGGACACCUUUUUCAUGCUUCAGGUAUGAAAGGAUAGGGAUUUCCUGAGUUAAAGUAUAUGACAGGGUAGACUAUCUGUCAUUUCGUUCUGUAAAAAGACUAACAGAAGAAAUUUGUGAAUGUAAAAUUGUCAAAAAAAAUUAACUGGUUUCUGAUUCCUUUAUAUUAAAAUGACAGUGCACAUAAAACAGUUAACAGGAAAGAUGCAUGUAAGGGGUUGGACCCCUGGGCGGAGUCUCACAGCGUGUACAAAAAAUUUAUUGUAACAAUGUAAUGUUACAGUUGAGAUUGGGAAUUUACUUUAGUCACAAAACGGAUCAAACAUAUAGGAAAUGUCACAUGCACAUCACCUUUGACUGUCAGCAAAUGUUAUGCAGCUCACUAUAUUUGCUCCCCUUGCAAAUAUGGAUAAUUAUGGUGCAAAUGUGCAAAUUUAUGAUACAGCCAAAUGUCUAGAAAUUUAUUGUUUUUGCUCUUAAGGCAAAUACGAGUAAACCACAUGCAAAAGUGUUCUUUUGGUAUCCUGGAAAAACAAGAGCAAAUACCACUGCAAAUUAGUGGUUUUGCAAUAUAUUUGCCUGCAUUUGAAGUAAAGUGAAAACUGUCAUUUUUGCCAAGGAUGUAAAUUUGAGUAAACUGGUAGAAAUGUUGAAGAUUUGCCCAUGCUGCAAAUAUGUAUCAAAUUUGUAUCAAACCAUUACAUUUACUUCACUUUUGCGUAUCAAUACGUAUCUAGCAAAUAUAUGUAUUUGCCCACACUUUAGCCGACAGCGCAAAUUUAAUGCAAAUUUGGAGCUCCAAAUUUACCACAUAUUUGCACCUUUCGCAAACAUUAGUAAAUCCGUUUUUUCGUCCAGUGUAAAAAAUUAUGAAAACUGAUAAGUUUUGAUGUUAAUCAGAUAAUGUUUUAUUCCGCAACAGUCGCUGCAUCCAUCAAGAGAGAGUAAAAGGAAAAAAGAAGAAACAAAUAUAAAAAGAAUGUAAAAUAAACGAAAAGGAAACGCAGUGGUGCUCAGUCAGUCGGGAUAAAGUUUAAAAUCGAAGACGAUAUAACAAAGCGUUAUUUAACGAAAAAUGAUACUAAAUUUGACAUUGGCGUCGGAUAAAAGUAACAAACGUCUUCGUUUACUUGCCGUUCAAUAAAAUAUCCAAGGAGAUCCUCGCAUACACAUAAAUAACGUACACACAAUAACCAAAGCUAUAAAUAAUCGUUAUGGCGACCCAACCAAAGUCGUCCCAUCUCGUUUUUACAUUUUCAGGUGAAUAAAUGGACAUAUUGAUAUGGUAUCAAAUAACAAUCGUGAUAAAUAUUGAGAAAUACUGGUAUUAAGUUCCCUGAAAUUUGAAAAUAUCAAGCAAUACAUAAAAUUGUUUUCCUGUCUAGUGGUUGUGAAAUAUUAUUCACUUUAGAUGAUAGAGUAACCUCGUAAAAGUGCACCACCAGUGCUUUUAUCCAGCGCUAAAAGCGCCAACUCCGUGGAAUGGUCUUCAACAUUAUCUCGUUAUCGGUAUUUUGUUUCCUAAUGAUCGAGUCUUAACAGCUUGCAGGGUAGCGGUCAAUCAAUCAUAUGGUACUAUAUAUGUGACACAUUCCGAUUACACAAGUCUAUACUGCUUCUGGUCAAUCGGGAAUGCCGAGAUCCUUCACGCAGUUGGUCUCUUUCUAAUCCAGGAGAUCAACUUUGGUUACUGCAGGUAUUCAUUGCUAUUGUUACUUUACUAAAUCCGAUGCCACUCAAUGCCAAAAUUCAAAUAGCACUAUUCUAUUAAGUGCUGGGGACCAUAUUAACCAUGAUUGAAUUCUGGAGGGAAGGAGCCACUUAAACCUUGGUUAAUUGCAAGUUACGAGCUUAUAAUUUCGGUUAGUAGUACAGCCUAGCUUUUUGUUAUUCAGUUUGAGUAGUUUUUAUUAUUAUAAUUAUUAUUAUUAUUAUUAUUAUUAUUAUUAUUAUUAUUAUUAUUAUUAUUAUUAUUAUUAUUAUUAUUAUCAUCAUCAUCAUUUUCUGUACAGCCGCUAUGUCCUAUCUAAAUUGUCCUGGCAUUUCACUAUAGCUAAUAUAUCCAAAACUUUGAUAACAGAACAUCUCGACUCUGCAGUGAAUGGCUAUUUUCGAAAAUGGCUUGAUAUUCCGAUAUCUGGAACACUGAGCAAUGUUUUCCUAGAACGCAAUAAAUUUGGUCUUAAUAUUUGUCCUCCCUCUAUUAAAUUUACUCAGUGCCAAACAGUUCUCCGAAAUUCAUUAAAAGAGUCACCAGAUGAUUCCUUAAAAGAUCUCUGGAAAUCGUCAAGCUGUCACACUAAUAUUCAAUAUGAUGUGUACAAAUCCACUAAGAAAGUUCUUAAAGAUUUCCGUUCUAAUCAAGAGGAUAAACUGCAACAUUACCUAACAUCUCAAGGUUUCUUCUUCUCAAAUGUUAUCAAGUUCUCAUUGUCAUCUGUAAAUUCUAUUUGGUCAGAGGCCCAGUCUCAUCUACCCAAGAACAUUUACAAUUUUACCAUCUGCUACAUCAACAACUCCCUCCCAAAACGUAAGAAUAUUGCAAGAUGGGGAUUAUCACAAAGUCCUGAUUGCUCCUUUUGCCUUAAUCCUGAAUCACUCCUUCAUGUUGUCGCUGGUUGUCAACAGUACCUUGAUCGCUUUACCUGGAGACACGACUUAAUCCUUAACUUCAUUGGCAAGUCACUUCAACCUGUAAUUAAUGUUUACUCUUCACUCUAUGCAGAUGACAAUGGUUUUCUGAACCCCUCAAUCAUAACUGGUGAAAAUUAUCUUCCAGAACUUCUUUUCCUAAUCCAGUCCAAGUGCCUAUAUGUUCUAGAAUUAACAGUUGGUUUCGAGUCUAACCUUAACAACAAUGCAGUGCGUGAGAAAGAAAAAUAUCUGAACUUGAUCAACUAAAUGAGUAGUAAUUACAGAUGUAUGAGAUUUGUAAAUCUCUCCAUGAGUUCCCUUGACAAUUUUUCCGAUGAAUGCUCCACGUUCUUAGACAUGAUUAAUGACAUUGGCAUUGACAAAAAGCAGCAACGUUAUAUAAUCAAGAAAAUUAUUAAUAUAGCCAUUAGAGCAACAUAUUAAAUCUUUUGUUGUAGAAAUAGGAACUGGGAUAGCCCAGACUUAAUGCAGUUUUAAUUUUUUUUUGGCUUUUGUUUUGUUUUGUUUUUGUUUUUGUUGUUGUUUUGUUUUUUGUUUUUUUUUUGUUUUUAAUAAUCCAAUCUCAAGCAGCAUUUGUAAAUUGCCUAUACGUAGCGAGAUUUACAAUUGUACAUUCAAAAACACAAAUAAAGUUUCCAUUAUUAUUAUUAUUAUUAUUAUUAUUACUAUUAUUAUUAUUAUUAUUAUUAUUAUUAUUAUUAUUAUUAUCAUUAUCAUUAUUAUUAUGUGCUGAAUUGGACCAAGAGAGGAGAGGAGCAGUAAUUAAACGGGAUAUGGAAGUUCAUAGAUUACCUCAUUCGAGUGCUUGUCCGUGAACAUACUUUCAUAUCUUGUAAAGAAAAUGAGCAGGAAUAAAUUCUGUUGACGGCCUGAUAUAUAUUCUGUCACGUAGUUAUUAUCACAGUGAAUAUUUCAAGAUUUUUGACGGCAAUGGAGGUCUGAAAUUUCACCAAAGCGGCUGCUCGUCCUCUGUUCGUGGAUCAUUGGUAGAGGUUCCGUUCUUUGAUUCAAACAACAUAACAGCAAGUUUCAACAUGCGUCGCUUGAGAAGUGCUAUCAAGGCUGAUUACCUGAUACUGGGGAAAAGCCUUCAUGCAGGUAAACCCCAAAAUCGAUCAAUUGCAUGUCAAAAAACUCAUCAAUUCCAGCACUUACAUUGGCUUCAUUGCCUUCAAAGCCCUUAUAGUAUGCGGGGUCAAUUUCUCUUCAAAAUGACAGGGUCGGUCGGUCGGUCCUUCGGUCAAUUCUCACUUUUGUUAAGGGUCCUGACAUUAAAAAGCAGGAAAAGAGAGUCUGUCACGCGGUAACUAUGCAUUUUUUAACGAAAGAUUAUAGCAACUUCAUCAUAUAUACUGUCUGGUUUUCCUUCUUAUCUCUUAAAAUAUGGUUUGUCGUAGGCAGUAGUUUCCUUUUGGUUCAAUUUGAUGCUUACCUGGCCAAUUAGACUUUUAUUUCUUUUAGCAUUUUAUUACCUCUUUUGUUAAAUGAUGUUUUGUUCUCUCUAUUUCUUUUCUCGUUGUCAAUAAUUACCCCCUCUCAAGCUACGUGCAACCUUUGACCGGUUUCAAAGUUUGCGCAACAACUGCCAUCAACAUGCAAGACAGGGUAACCUUCAUGUAACCUUCAACAAUGUUGGGAGUUGUUGGACAACAACGUUGCUUCUGUUUGCACGGGGCUUUGGAUGACAAUUUGUUUAAUUAUUAAUUUGGUUAAUUAUUUCUCAUAUUUAGCUCAAGUGCUUUAUGGCUGGAAUUUAACAGUGGUGAAUACCACCUUUUCAAGCAUAUUGAUUCGGUGGGCUAACCUUACCAGCCUUCUCAACCGUAAAGUUGGUCAUUACGUUGUCUUCUUAAACAGAAGAAAUAACAGUGUGGCAUUCCAUCAAGUUGUCAAUGGGGAUCAAUUAACAACGGAAAUCAAAGGACUCACUCAUUUAACAAAUUAUACAGUGGAAGUCGUGGGGAUUGACACUCUGCGGAAGCCAUACAAAACUCCAUCAGAAGCCAUCAUGACGGCAAACCGUAAGAGUAAGUACUUUAAGUAG